GCUGGCGUAAACUAUUCCGGCUCACAAUCAAGUGUGUCGCUGGUCAUCGCCGAUUAACCCAGGUGCGCCGGAUCGUUAAAAUCAAGUAUGCUAUCAGUGUCUGUCUUGACGUAUAUGCAACUGAUGUUGGAAAUUAUCAGACUGUGUGGAUAAAUUUGUGAUUUUUACAAGAUAUUCACGUCAAUACAGAGAUGAAGAGGCAGGGAAGACGAACAAGUAGAGCUACACAUAAAGACAACACUUCUUUGGUGCGGGAUGAACCAAUCCGGAAGUCGUAUAAUUUACGGAAAAGGAAACACGAGACAGAGCAAAAUGAUCAAGACGAGAGCCUGGUAAAUGAGAACACCAAGAGGAGAUGCUUUAAAAAUGAUGACCGAAGAACGAGCACACAACACAAGCAAGGGGGACAGAAAAUGCAGCACUCUAAAAUGGAUAAAUUGAAAGAAAUGCAGUCACGACCUCGAAUUCAAAACAAGGAAACACUUUCCAAACAGCCACUUGUGAAAAAUGUCAAACCGAAAAUCCAUCCAGUAGGUACAAAGCAUUUGACUCAUUUGUCUAUGAAUAAAGAUCAGAGCAGCAAGAGAAAGACUUCAGAUUCGAAUCCAUCACUACCACGGAAGAAUAUCACUAAAAAAGAUAAAGAUAGAAAACAAAGGACCCUGUGUGGAACCCCUAAACCUGGAAAAAAGAGAAUAUUACAAGGGACUCCAAAACCAAUGUUAACUUCAAAAGCACCAGAGAAAGAAGUUAUAUGGAACAAGUCCAACCAAAAACAAAAAGCACGGAAACAAAGUAGAGUUCGAAUCUUAAAGAACUCAGAUCAAACCACCAAAGAAGCACUGCAUCUUAAUACUCAACAAAGCACUGAAGCAAAACAUUGUAGGAUUUCCAAAGCAAAGAUGAUCCAACAAAGUUCAACAAAAACUGCACACAAAUUAGUAACAGAAACCGAUGAUCCUUUAUUGCUGGGAAGAGAAAGGUCAGCACCAAAAUAUUUUUCCACCUUGUUUUUGGAAAAAAUUGAUGCCAGGUUUUAUCCUGAAGCAAGUAAAAUGUCAAAGAUACAUGGAAUCAGUGUGUCGAAUGACAAUUUGAUAUGGGUAAAUGGUUUGAGACUCAGAGGAAACAUUCAGCUGCUAAAUACUUCGGGCGAAAUCCUCCGAACCAUUGACUUAGAUCAUGGUCCAGUGUUCAACUGUUGCACUCCCUCAGGAGAUCUCUUAGAAACACAAGGAAACAAUAUCAGUGCAAAACCAGUCAUAACAAUGAUAUCUCGAGAUGGAAAGAGCCGUGUAUUAGCCGACCUCUCGUCAUAUGCUACAAACUUGUAUGGAAUUCUCUGCGUAAAUGAAACAAUAUUCGUUGUUGGAUAUUCUAAGAAACCUGACAUUAAUAUUUUUGGCAGGAGAUACUUUAUUAUGAAACUAAGUAUGAGUGGAGAAGUUCAAAGAGUAUACAAUCCUGAAGAAGAAUAUGAAGACAUAAAUCACCUCAUUUUCCUGAAUGGUCAAAUAAUUGCUCUUCGCAGCAAUGGUUUUGUGAUGCUUCCCUUGAAAGGUGAAAUGAUUUCCUCAGAGAAAAUGAACGGAGUAUGUAUUGAAAGAGCGUAUUCUGCGAGUGCUUCAGUCGACAAUCUUGGCAAUGUUAUAGUGGCAUCAAACACAGAGCUCUUCAUAAUUCACCCAAGUCUGGAGUUUAUGCAUAAAAUAGAUACCGGUAUUGGAUCCAUCAUCUCGACCGCCAUCGAUAAAAACAACCAGUUGUGGUUAGGUACUGCGUCAGGAGAACUGUACUCAGCCCAGUACUUGAAAUGAAGCCAAACUUAAUAGAGUAAAAAGAAAUUUGUCUUGACAUCAGAUCUUGCUCAUUAUACUGACUUGCAAUUUAAAUUCAAUAUUGAAAAUAUUAAAAUCUGGAAGAAUUAGUAUGGUAUCUAAAUCUUGGAUAUAAAGUAUGGUAUAUUUAUACCAUAAAAUUCAUGCUUUAGCUUUAAGCUAACAAUCAUGUAUUCCUUUUUACAAUCUAAUUUUUAGCCUGCAACAAUUGUCACUUGCACAAAAUCUUUGUAAUGGGUGUUGUUUCCUCCUGCUUAUGAAGGUAGCUCAGUGUAACUAUACACUUGCAUUUGCGUACUGUUGUAUCAUGUUUCUGAUCACCCGUUGCCCAUCGUCUGUAAACUUUUCUUUUUUAUUAUUUUUCAACAAACAUUCUGUAAAUAGUUCAUGGUAUAUCUUCAUAAUAUACAUAUGAUAUAGAAUUACAGAAGUGUUUAUUUCUUUCAGAGAGAGAGAAAGAAAGAGGGAGAGAGAGCUAUGAAAAAUUUGGUUCCAUCUGUUCCAAAGGACAACAAAAAUUUAUUUCUUAUAAAAAUGGUGACACUGAAGAAAAUUUUCAGUGUCACCAUUUUUAUAAGAAAUAAAUUUUUGUGUUUCAUAGAAUAACUUUAAAAAUUAUAUUGCAAAAUGCACACUCAAAUUUUUCUCUGUACACUUUGCUGUAUAAAUAUAAUACUUUAACCAAAGGAUGAGAAUAUUUUGUAUACCCUUGUUUUUCUCAAGGAUGCCUAAACUAUAAAAGACUUUUUUGUAAAGACUAUAGUUGACAAUUUGUUCUCUGUUCUAUAAAUAAACUUCAAAAUCAGCUAGAAAUUAUUGAACACAAUUACAUUCCCAUAUUAUAUGUUCUAUUGUUUCCUCCUCAUUGUGACAAAAGGUACACAUUUUUUAGUUUGCUUUUUUUAUUUUAAAUAAAAAUGAGUUUGUUGCUAAAAUUUUAUUAAGUAUUCUAUAUUAGAACCAUUGAAGUUUACUAUUUUUUGUUAUUAUGAAAGGUAUUUUGUGGAUUAUUUUCCACUCAGUAUUAUCUAUUUCUAAGAGCUCACUCCAUCUUGUUUUGCCUGUUGUCACAGAGGAAUUUUUGUUGAGAAGUUCAUAAAAGCAUAUGGAUUUUUUUUUUACAUUUCAGUACAUUGUAUAUGUUUGACAUAUUGACAUAAUAAAUGGAUUUGCCAACUU